AUGGCAUUUUUAAACAAGAAGCUGGCAGCAAAUCCUGAGUCACGCUCUGGUGCGUUAGAGAGUGGUUUGGCCACUUGGCGACUCACCUCGGGAACAUCAGACUUCCUCUGUCGUGCCAAGUACAGCAUUAAGAAAUACCAGCCGAGGACGAUCCAACACAGUGGCUCUCAGACUGCUAUGAGCACAGGUUGGGGAGAACCUGUUGAUAGUCAGAUUCCUUUGCCCCACGCCCAGGUACUCAGGUUUAAGAGAUCUAGGAAGCAGCAUGUUAAGAGACACCUGCGUCAGCUUUGUGGAAGAUAUUCUGAAGACCCCUAUCCCUGUGGACCAAAUGCAUGUCCAGGUGCAGCAGCUCAGCGCAGCUUUUGCACUUUGCAGACAGAGGCCUCUGCGCAGGCCCGUCACUCUUCCCACAGGGCGGGGACACUUCCGGUUGGCUUACGUGCACUUCCUCCCCGGGUCUCCCCUAGUAGACGACAACCCGCUGUCCAGGCCCGAGGCAGCUCCACCCGUUGGCUUCCGAGCUAUCUCGCAUUUCGAGAAGGUCAAAGCCUUUGUCAGUCCUUGGGGACAAGUGGAGGCCCCACACACCGCAAGGAGCAGCCUCACCAGUGGCUUCCCGAAGGCAUCAUGUCCUCAGCUGCAGCCUUGCCCGGACUGGACUGGACCCGGCAGCCCGCGAGUGCGGGCUCUGACACGCUGCCAUGCUGCCAUUGGGUCACCCACUUGGGAGAGUCCUGUUGUCCUGGUCAAUGUGGAGCCUCGGUGGGGCCCCGGGCCUCCAGAGAGGUAGGAGGCCUGCACUUGGUCCAGCUCCCAAGCCUGACUGGGACCCUGUGGGCCCAAACAGGCAGUGCCCUGCCUCCCACCAUCUCCUGCCGGAAUCCAGCAAUUCAUGAAUUGGGAAGCUUCAAGCCAGACGUGAACCUCAAACAAGACGAAGGAAGGGGGAGGUUACUAUGGAAAGAACAAGGAAGUAAAGCAAAGAAAAUAUUUGAUUGAAAAUAUAAUUUGCCUUAUUUUGUCUAUCCUUUUGGAAGAUCACUAGUCCUGUAAUUAUAAAUUAAUUGUUUCAAAUUG